AUGCACCCAGCGGUGGCAAAGCACUGGCAGUGGAAUUUGGCCCAGACGCACGCCUCUCCAGCCUCAAUUGAGUCUCUCGCGGCGAGGAGCACGGAGGACACGCUGAGGAACUUGGACAGCCUGCUGGGCAUCUCCGACACGCAGGAGCAGCAGGAGGAGGCGCAGCCUCCGGCCGCCGCCAGCCUGCCGCUGCCAGCGGCAGCCGGCCACCAGGCCGGGACCGCGAGGCCCGCCCAGCCACCUGCCACAUUGCUGGACAACCUGGCACGCCAGGCGCUGCAGGGCGCAGCGGCUGUGGCCGCGGCGUCCCUCGUCGUGGCGGCCGUGUGGGAGACGGGGUGGUGGCAGCAGGCGGAGCGCCCUGCUGGACUGAUAGACAGCACAUGCAUGGAAGCACGCGGGCGGGUGGCGGGGGAUUGCCCGGCGGCGUAUGUUAAUGCCGCAGCCGUGGAUGCGGAUGGAAGCGUGCAGCCUCCUGCCACCGGCGUCCCGUAG